AUGGGGUGGCUCCGGGCCCGCCGCCUCGUCCUGCUUGCCGCCUGCCUGGGGCUCUGCGGGGAGCGCGGGGCGCUCGGAGCAUCUUUUUAUGGUGAAAGCUAUGUGGGGCUCAACAUCAUAGAAGUUUCCUCUGAGUUAUCUCUUCAAUUAAAGUUUCAAACCAGCAAACCACAAGGAUUACUUUUUCUUGCAGCUGGGGAAAAUGACUACUGUAUGAUAGAACUUCUAUCAGGAAACUUACGGGCUGGGCAUGAAGAUGAUAUUCCGUCAGAGGCAGUGUUCAUUGUUAGGACUCCGCCAGUGCAUGGAUACCUCCAAAGAUCUUUAUCAGAGGAGGGCAGCUUGGGGACAGAUGAAAAGUCACCUCUGAUUUUUACACAACAGGACAUUGAUGAUGGUUAUAUCCAUUAUGUACAGACAACUCCUGACCAACAACAGGACUGUUUUUUACUGGAUGUGAUGAAUGGCUUCCAAGCUGUGAGUAGACUUGAAAUCUUGGUGGAUAUUGUCCCUAAGUGGAUUCCUCUGGCGGUACAAAAUUUCACAGUCCAGGAAGGUGGUUCCAAACUACUUCCAGAAGACUACUUCAAAAUUCCAAGCAAACAUUUUGAGGGACUUGACUGUGAAUUCGUUCUACUCACACCACCAAAACACGGUUCUGUUGAAAAUUCUCAUUUUCCAAGAGUAAAGCUAAUGAAAUUUACCAGGAAACAGGUAAUAGCUCUCAGCUGAUAUGUUUGGUUUUGGGUAUGUUAGAUAAGAGAAAAAACUUGUCUAUUUAUCAUUUAGAUCAUGGACUUUCGGGAG